GGCACCGCCCCGAGCGGGGGUGGCGGCCGGGCUCCAGCGCCAGGCGCCCCCUUGCCCUGUCUCCCCGUGUCUCCCCGUCCCGCCUCUGCGGCUGCAGGGCCUGGCAGGUGUCGCAGCUCUGAGCGUCUGCUUCUGUGUGGAGGGACCCCGAGCGUCAUGUUAAGGUGAAGCAGAGGGGCUCAGUGCUGAACAUGCUAAGGAAGCUGGACAAAAUCAGGUUCAGAGGUCACAAGAGAGAUGACUUCCUCGAUCUAGCCGAGUCUCCGAACGCCUCGGACACCGAAUGUGGAGACGAGAUUCCCCUGAAGAUCCCUCGGACCUCGCCCCGGGACAGCGAGGAGCUCAGGGACCCCGCUGGUCCAGGGACCCUCAUCAUGGCUGCAGGAGUCCAGGACUUCAACCGGACAGAGUUUGAUCGCUUAAAUGAGAUCAAAGGUCACCUGGAAAUCGCCUUAUUGGAGAAACACUUCUUACAGGAGGAGCUCCGGAAGCUGCGAGAGGAAACGAACGCGGAGAUGCUGCGGCAGGAGCUGGACCGUGAGCGGCAGCGGAGGAUGGAGCUAGAGCAGAAGGUCCAGGAAGUGCUGAAGGCCAGAGCCGAGGAGGCACCAGCUCAGCAGCCCCCGAAAGGACAGGCCCAGGUCAAUAACGGAGCAGAACGGCGGAGCCAGGGGCUGUGCCCCCGGGUCCAGAAGUGGUUCUAUGAGAAGUUCGGGGAGUACGUGGAGGACUUCCGGUUCCAGCCCGAGGAGAGCACCGUGGAGACCGAGGAGCCCCUUAGUGCCCGGAGGCUGACCGAGAACAUGAGGAGGCUCAAGCGUGGUGCCAAGCCCGUCACCAGCUUUGUGAAGAACCUCUCUGCCUUAUCCGACUGGUAUUCUGUCUACACGUCUGCCAUUGCCUUCACCGUGUACAUGAACGCUGUGUGGCACGGCUGGGCCAUCCCCAUGUUCUUGUUCCUCGCGAUCCUGAGGUUGUCCCUCAAUUACCUCAUAGCCAGGGGCUGGAGGAUACAGUGGAGCAUCGUGCCUGAAGUGUCCGAAGUGGUGGAGCCUCCGAAGGAAGACCUGACUGUGUCUGAGAAGUUCCAGCUUGUGCUGGACGUCGCCCAGAAAGCCCAGAACCUCUUUGGCAAGAUGGCAGACAUCCUGGAAAAGAUCAAGAACCUGUUCAUGUGGGUCCAGCCCGAGACCACCCAGAAGCUGUACGUGGCGCUGUGGGCCGCCUUCCUCGCCUCCUGCUUCUUCCCCUUCCGCCUGGUGGGGCUGGCCCUGGGCCUCUACGCCGGAAUCAAGUUUUUCCUCAUCGAUUUUAUCUUCAAACGCUGCCCGAGGCUGCGAGCCAAGUACGAUACUCCCUACAUCAUCUGGAAGAGCCUCCCCACGGACCCCCAGCUCAAGGAACGCUCCAGCACCGCCGUGUCGCGCAGGCUGCAGACGGCCUCCUCCCGGAGCUGCGUGUCCAGUGUGCCUGCCGGCCUGAGCAGGGACGAGGACACUGGCCGCCUGCACGGCGCCAAGAAGGGCAACUUCCACGAGAUCUUCAACCUGACGGAGAAUGAGCGUCCCCUGGCGGUGUGUGAGAACGGCUGGCGGUGCUGCUUGAUAAACCGGGACCGGAAGAUGCCGACCGACUACAUCAGGAACGGGGUCCUGUACGUGACGGAGAAUUAUCUGUGCUUCGAAAGCUCCAAGUCUGGCUCUUCCAAGAGGAACAAAGUCAUCAAGCUGGUGGACAUCACAGACAUCCAGAAGUACAAGGUCCUCUCUGUCCUGCCGGGGUCGGGCAUGGGGAUUGCCGUGUCCACGCCGUCAACCCAGAAGCCGCUGGUGUUCGGCGCCAUGGUGCACAGAGACGAGGCGUUCGAGACCAUCUUCAACCAGUACAUGAAGAUCACGUCCGCGGCAGCCGCCGGCAGUGACAGCUAGUGCUGGCUCUCCUGGACUCCUCUGGAAGGUUUUCUUUUUCUUUUUCUCAACAUUUUGGUAGUGGAAAAAAAAAAUCGGACAUCCUCAUGAUCUUUUGCAAUAAUCCCCCCAGAUGUGUGGUUUCCGUUGUGUUGACCCUGCGUUUUGUAGACCCCUUUGUGCAGGGGUCAGGGCUCUCGAGGGCUCAUCCCGUGGAUGCGGGGGCCACUGGGAAGGACGACGCCACACGGGACCCGCCGCCAGGCACGGCCGGGCCCCCUCGGUCCCCGCGGGGCAGAGAUCGCCCAGCCCGGGUCCCGGGCACCAGCAGCUCUUCUGCAGCAAAGCCAUAGGAGGAGCGCGCAGGGCCUCCCUGUGGAGAGGGACGUCCGCGCCGGGUGAGGGGGGUCCCUGCCAGCGUCCGUGGACGGGCCGGCCCUUCAAGGAGGCCCCCGCACGCGUGUUGGGAGCACGAUGCCGGCCAGCCUCUCGGGGGCCCGCGAUCGGCCUCGGGGAUGCGGAGACGCCAAGGACGACAGCCGCUCGGGGGGCUCCGAGCUUCGGGGCUCGUGCCGGCUUCCAGGCUGCAGGGCCGGCUGGGUGAGGGGCUCAUGGGCUGGAGCAGGAAGGAUAGGGGUGCCCCAGGCACCCCCAGGUGGGCUGUGAGAGGUGCUGAGCCUGCUCGGCGUUGGCAGCAGCAGAGAGCAGAGCCCGGAGGCCGGCCGCACCCUGGUGCCCCCAGAUGGAGGGGAGCGGGGUCCUCGCAGGCCUGGCGUCGGAAGCCGGCGAGGUGUUGGGACUGGCCCGAGACCUCGGGGAUGGACAUGCCGAGCUGCUCAGCACACUUCCAGCAACGGGCCCCGCCGGCCCUCAGCUUGUCCCGCAUCCCCCGGUGUCACUGGGGUGGUUGUUUUUUGAAGAAACAGAAGAUUAUAUUUUUUACAGAGAGCAAGCUGUUUUUCUUAUUUUUGUAUCAUUUUUCAGAUGUGAUUUUUACCUUUGCUCCUAAUUUGCUGGUCGGGUGAGUGACGCGGUGGCCUCGCUCAGGUCACACCCCCAGAGGGGUCCCCCCGCCCCAUGGGGAGCCUCCCCCACCAGCUCCCGAAGCACACGCCCCGGUCCGGACCGUAAGGGCGGGGCCAGCCCGGCUCCCAUUCCCCCCGGCGCUGGGAUCUUUUGAUUCUGCAGGUCGACCUUGAACGGACGUAGGUGGAGUCCACCCUCAGCCGGGGCUUUGGCCCCUGGUCAGCACAGGUGGACCGAGUCUCGGGCUGGGGGAGGGUCCACAGCCAGUGGGGCCCCCCUCCGGGCCCGAGGCAGGCAGGGUGGCCCUGGACUGGGUCCAGGAUGACUGCGGGGGCGACACCCGGGAGUGCUGCCGGACCCCUCGCUGGGGCCACUGUGUGGUCAGCGUGUGUCCCCAAGCCUGGGGCAGGGGCCCUGCAGGGGAGCGGACUUGCUGUCUUCAGAGCCGCGUGGCUUGGUUUGAGUCCCUUCCGAGGAGAAAGGGAGAUGAAAACUGACCAUGUGCUGGGGGCGGCCGCCAGGGGCCGCGGCGGGCCCUGCUUGGAAGCCCGGGGCCUCCGCUGGGAGGGUGCAGGCCUGGGCAGACAGACGCCCUGUCGGCGAGAGCCCGUGUCGUUUUUACUGAAUCGUGUAAAUCUGGGCAGAUGUUUAAUUUCUGCGACUAAUCACGGAACUAGAAUGAAUGUUAACAUUUUUUAUGUCUGAAGCUUGAGUCUAUUUUCAAUCUGUAAAUACUCCUUACCAGUGUAACUUUUGUUCUACAAAAGGAUUGUACUGUAUGAAGAACUAAUUGAAAAAAAAAUUCUCCUGUAACAUUUUUUUUUUUUUAAAAAAACCUUGUUUAAAGAAAAAAGUCUUGUAUAAAUUAUAAAUUUUUAUUUAAAUAAA